UCAUCAUGAAACACCGGCCGCAAUAAGCACUCCAAAAAAGUCUUCCAAAUUUGAACUAUUCCUAAACCUUCUCAAAAUAUGUAAAAAAAAAAAAAACUCCCCUUUCAUGUCUCCUUCUUCUCCCUUUUCUUUCCAUAAUUUCUCAUAUUCAUUCUUCACCUCCAUAGCCAAACAUGAACACCCAUUCUUCCAUUUCCUUCUUCAUCUUCUUCAUAUCCACAACUUUUUCAUCACUCUGUUCUAUUUCCACUUCAAGUUCCACUCUUUCUCUUCAACUCAUUUCACUCCUCUCAAUAAAAUCAUCCCUCAGAGACCCUCUCAACACCUUCCGUGAUUGGGAGGUCACCGGGAACAAGAACGUUUCGAGCCUCGUUUGGUGCCGGUGGUCGGGCGUGGAAUGCGGGCAGUUCGGCCACGUCACCGCGCUCGACCUCUCCCGCCGCAAUCUCUCCGGGACUUUGCCGGCGAGCUUCCGGCACCUCCCCCGGCUCCGGCACCUCAAUUUGAGCGGGAAUCUCUUUGACUGCCCAAUGCCGCCUUCGAUUAUGGAGCUUCCCGGCCUGACGACGUUGGACAUUAGUAACAAUUCCUUCGGCCCCACUCUCCCGCCGGCCGUUUCUCGGCUCCGGUCUCUCUCUGUUUUCAACGCCUUCAGCAACAACUUCUCCGGCCCGUUGCCGGGAGAAAUCGCGUCGCUGAAGAACCUCGAGUACCUCAAUCUCGGCGGGAGUUACUUCUCCGGCGAAAUCCCGGCUAGCUACGGAAGUCUUUCCAACCUGAAGUUUCUCUACUUGGCCGGUAAUUUACUCACCGGCGCAAUCCCGCCGGAAUUGGGGUUGUUGAAAAACCUUGAGAAUCUCCUGAUUGGGUAUAACCAGUACGCCGGCAGUAUUCCGGUGGAGAUUUUCUCCCUACAUAACUUAACCUAUCUUGACAUUUCCCAGGCGAAUCUCUCCGGCAAUCUUUCGCCGCAAAUCUCAAAUUUAACAAAUCUCAAAAUUUUGUACCUAUUCAAGAACAGUUUAACAGGGGAAAUUCCCGGGGAACUUUCCCGAUUAACUAUGCUAAAAGAGUUGGAUCUUUCGAACAACUAUUUCUCAGGGCAUAUUCCGGCGACACUUUCAUCACUGGAAAAGCUAUCGGUCUUAUCGCUGCUGGGGAACAACUUGACCGGAGAAAUCCCGUCGGGAAUUGGACGGCUUCCUUGUCUUGAGAGGCUGUCUCUGUGGAACAACUCGCUGACAGGGAUUUUGCCGCAAAAAUUGGGUUCAAAUUCCAGGCUAGUAAAGAUGGACGUCUCGUCGUGUUCUCUCUCCGGCCCGAUCCCGCCGGAUCUCUGCCUCGGUAAGAAAUUGGAGAAACUCAUCUUGUUCUCAAAUCAAUUCUCCGGCGAAAUCCCGGCGACCCUUGCGAAUUGCACCUCAUUAACCAGGCUGAGAGUUCAGGAUAACCGCCUGAACGGAUCCAUUCCGGCAGGGUUCGGGUCAUUGCCGAAUCUGACAUUCUUGGACCUCAGCCUCAACAAUUUAUCCGGCGCGAUCCCGGAGGAUUUCGGCAAUGCCGUGAGACUGCAGUUCUUGAACAUUUCCGGGAACCAGUUUCAUUCCGGCUUGCCGGGAAACAUCUGGAGCGCGCCGGAUUUGAAUAUCUUUUCUGCAAGUCACAGCGCCAUUCACGGGAAAAUCCCAGAUUUCAGAGGCUGCCAUAGCUUGUACAAGAUCGAGCUCGAAGGGAACAACUUAACCGGAGACAUCCCACCGGAUGUUCAGCACUGUGAGAAGCUCAUAUCUUUGAAUCUCCGCCGGAAUUCCCUCUCCGGCACCAUCCCUUGGGAGAUCUCCUCACUCCCGUCACUCACCGACCUAGAUUUGUCCCACAAUCUUCUCUCCGGGACAAUCCCCUCGAAUUUCGGAGGCACACGUACCCUAGAGAGCUUCAACGUGUCCUACAACCGUCUCGUGGGCCCCGUACCGUCCGGUCAAGUAUUCUCGAGCCUCCACGCGUCGUCUUUCACCGGAAACGACGGGCUCUGCGGCAGCAUCAUCAGAAGAUCCUGCCGCACUGCGCCGGCGACCAGCAUGGAUAUCAAUCAGCCCCAUAAAAAGACCACGAGGAAAGUGGUCUACAUCGUCAUCGCCACAUUUGGGAUUUGCGUGUUCGUACUCGCCGUCGCGUUGAGGUGUUUACGGGCGAGCUACGAUCUCCGGUUCCCCGAUGACCGGGAACCGGACCCGUGGAAGCUGACCGCCUACCAAAGGUUGAAUUUCACGGCGGAAGACGUUUUGGAUUCUGUGAAAGACUGUGACAAGGUGAUUGGGUCAGGGUCCACUGGGACAGUGUACAAGGUGGAAAUGCCAAGUGGCGAGAUCAUAGCCGUAAAAAAAUUACAUAAUCUACAGAAGGACACAAUCCGUAUAAAGAAGGGCGUUUUGGCAGAAGUCGAGGUUUUGAGCAAAAUUAAACACAGAAACAUUGUGAGACUACUAGGAUGUUGCGCCAGUGACGACUGUGCAUUGUUACUCUACGAGUACAUGCCCAACGGGAGUCUCGAUGAUUUAUUACAUGGUAAAAACAAAAACAUGAGUAAUAUGGUUGCGGAUUGGGUAACUAGAUACGAGAUUGCCCUUGGUGUGGCUCAAGGAAUUAGUUAUCUUCAUCACGAUUGUGACCCGAUCAUACUCCAUCGUGACCUAAAACCUAGUAACAUUCUUUUGGACGAUAAAAAUGUGGCCAGGGUUGCGGAUUUUGGAGUCGCUAAGUUGUUCCAAGGUGACGAAUGCACCGUGUCGAUAAUCGCGGGUUCUUAUGGCUAUAUUGCUCCAGAAUAUGCAUAUUCAUUACAAGUUGACGCAAAAAGUGAUAUCUAUAGUUAUGGAGUUAUGCUAUUGGAGAUACUGACUGGUAGAAGAUCAAUGGAGUCUGAAUUUGGAGAAGGCAAUAGCAUUGUGGAUUGGGUGAGGUCCAAAUUGAACGCGAAAAAUGACAUGAAAGAAAUAUUCUUUGAUAAAUAUGACCUUUCUUGUUCUUCUUCUACUUCUUCCCCAUUGGUGAUGGAGGAGAUGAUGUUAUUGCUUAACAUUGCAUUGUUGUGCACUCGCCGGAACCCGGCGGACCGGCCUUCCAUGCGGGAAGUUGUUUCCAUGUUGAUAGACGUCAGGCCCAAGAGGAAGUUGUCGGGCGGCGAGAGCCGUGGAUGUGGCGGUGAUGCCAUGGGUAACGGCGGUGGCAAUAACAGUUAUGUUCCUGAUAAUCAAAUCACUAGUGUUGAUGAUGAGUGACAUAUACGAGUGGCACAUGCAUUGUAUAGAAGAAUUCAUUUCCUCAUUGAUUUUUUUAUAGUUAGUAGAAAAUGGUGACACUCACGAUUAGAGUAUAUGGGCCGUAACUAUAUUCUAUUGAUAUAUACACUAUACUACAGUUAUGUCAGAUU